UAGCGCCUUGGAUAGGAAUUAACGAACCACACUCGGAAUACAGUGACGCGUGCUUUGUAGGAGUGUUGGAAUAAUCGCCUACCUGACACAAGAUUCCGUGUCUAGAUAGGAGAAAAUGGCGAGCUACUGGCAUGACUGACAAGCUAUACCGAAGGGUAUAUGUGUCAAUAUUUAGCUGUCAAUCAGCCUUUCACUGUCAAGUGGAGAAAGCUUAAUUUGUUAGACAAUGAACCCCCCAGCAACCUAUGGACUUAGGUAGAACGACAUUGUCUGGCACUGAAGAAAAAAGCUAGAAUUGUUUUAAAGCUGUUUCGAGUCCAGACACUUGAGCUGAGGGAGAGUCAUCUCUGGUCAAAUUGUGACGGCAUCGUGGAUACAGUUGAUACCCGCUUGUGUGGAAUCAUCAUCUAAAGUGACAUUUUGUCACUAGCAUGAACAUUAGCAUGUUAGUAUCAUACUAAGAUAUAAAACAGGAUACAAGUAUGACUACCGCACCACCAAUACUUCUGCAGCCACACGUUCAAAGGGCUAGCAGCGGACGCUCCUCGGUUCAUACCCGCAGCAGUCAGAGGACGUGCCACGAGGAUAUACAAACACCUGGACCCACCCCGUGUUCCUCCACCCCCUCACAACCCGCCCCCACCCCCUCACAACACGACCGCACCCCCAUCGGAUCAAGACCGGUCAGCCUCGACAGUAAGAAGGUACCUCCCAGUAUGCCCGCCGCUGAGGUGGAGGACGAUUUGGAAACUGAACUCGAUACGAACGAGAAGCCUCACAGCUAUGACGACACGGGGACACGGACGUAUGAGCGAGCUUGUCGUAAACUGGGGAUCAUUCCUUCUUCAAACUGUGUUAAAAAACUUGGCAGGGUGACGGAGAACCUCGACCUCAAGUAUUACGGAAUGGGGGCCCGUGGCGCGAUGGCAGUGUCUAUGGCACUAGUCAUAAACGACCGGAUAGCCAGCGUGAACAUGUGCGGUAACGACAUGGGGCCGACGGGAAUGAUGUACAUGCAGCGCAUGAUGCAGGAAAACAACAACAUUGUAGAACUGAAUAUAUCCGAGAACAAUCUGGGAACAGAAGGUGCCCGACAUAUUGGGGAACUGCUGCGUGUGAACAAGGUUAUCCGUCACCUAGACGCUUCAGGAAACGAUUUUACAGACGCUGAUGCACAACUCAUAUCAAAACCCGUUGAGGCGCACACAGGGCUUGUCCGUCUCAACCUCAGCCACAACUCACUCGGAGAUGCAGCUGCUGGCGCUCUUCAACAGAUGAUAGCUGAAAAUAGUUCCCUGCAAGAACUCGACCUUAGCUGGAAUCACUUCCGGGGCGCUGGAGCCAUUCAGUUAGCCCAAGGCUUGUCGGAAAACGUCAACAUUAAAGUGUUCAACGUGUCCUGGAACGGCUUCGACGAUGACGGCGCCGUGGCCCUUGCGUCGUGCUUGAAGAACAACUCCGUUGUGGUUGACCUGGACGUGGCUUGCAACAGGGUCGGGCAGAUCGGUGUCAUGGAGCUCGUCUCAGCCUUGAAGGUCAACGACGCUCUGGAAACACUACGGAUCGGUAAAAACAACAUCUCAGAAGAAUGUGCCGGUGCUGCAGUGGAGGUGUUGAGGAUGACGAACCCCCUGAAACUGACCAAACUGGACAUGUCGGAUGUGAUCCUGAGCUCCCGGUUCGCCGACCUCGUGUCCGACUUGUACGACGUGCACCCCGAGUUAGACGUCGUCUACGGCUACACGGACUCCUACGGCAAACGCAAGAUGAAGGGAUACGACAUCGUCGAGGAAUCUAUGAAAGUGAUCAGCGAGUACCUCAAGGCUAAAGACAUCACGAUUGUGGAGUUGUUCAGUCGCUUCGAUGCUGACGGAAGCAUGAGUGUGACGCACGAGGAGUUCAAGGAGGGACUGAGGGAUGCUGGGAUACCCCUGUCAGAUCUGCAGGUGGAGGAGAUCAUCAAGCAGUUGGACAUGGAUGGAGACGGGGAGAUCGACUUCAGUGAGUUGGUGAUAUCUACGAAGGAUGUUUUAUAAGCGACAGUCACAAGGUUGGUAAGGAUCUCACAUCGAAUGUGACGCUGGAAGAGGGUCGAUAACGAUCUCGUGACACCACCCAACACAAUUCUCGCCAAGAAGUGAAGAAAGACGACCAGGUGUUUGUGUGGGCCGUGCUGACUCGUUGAUAGACUAAUGUGCCAGAGUCAUUUAUUAUCAUUAUUAAAUUAAAUUUGUCAACAUAACUGCCAUGACUGCACCACGAAAGCCUGUAAGGACUACUCACCAAUAUAUCUUGAAACUUGUUAAAAAAAUGUAAGAUUUUUAAAAUAAUGUUACCUUUUCAACAUGCCUAGUUGAAUUUCCAAUUCCAAGCAUUGCAGUUUAAAGAUAAUGGUGAUAUUGACUGAGAUACAAAAAUAACCAAAACAUUUUUAUUAAAAAACAUUAAACUUAGCACCUCGAAAUCUCAAUUUUGCAGCUUUUAUUUUGACAUAUUUCUAUUUGGAAACCCAUCAAAGGUUUCCUCAUAACAACUAUUUGUGUGAAUCGAUAUACAUGUAGUUUACAUGUGAGCGAGUGAGUGAGUGAGUGUGGUGUAUAAAGUCAACAAUAUAACAGCUAUGCCGUGGCCGCCUGCAAUCAAGUCUGUAGCAAACCAGGUGGUUGAUAGCAUGAGCAUGGAUACCGGUCAGGUUAUAGGGUGCCACCCUAUCAGCCAUCCAAACAUUGUGACUAUCGACCCCAUUUAUGCAGGGCUUAAGGACCAGGUCAGGGUGUAAGGUGCUACAGAUUAAAUAGUCUCUCUCACAUACCCCAGAGCACAUAGUCAAUAAAACAUUCACCCCAUUCUAUUCCUAACCCCUUUUUUCAGCUCUUGAAAUUAAGGGACUGGAGGGUUCUUUUAAUGCCAGCGGGUUAAAUCCCUUGUAGAAUGUUUUCAACUUAACCUUAUAAGUAACUUUAAUUCAGGGACAUAGUCUAUAUAGUCAUAUAGUUCUAUAACCCUAGAUGAAGCAAGUCAAGGAUUGUUUUUGGUUCAGAUUCUGUUUGUUAGUUUGUUGUUUAAAGCCGCACUCAGCAAUAUUCCAGCUAUAAGACAGCAGUCCGUAAAUAAUUUAGUCUGGACCAGACAAUCCAGUGAUUGACGUCAUGAGCGUCGAUCCACGCAAU